AUGAAAACACAAUAUUUCACGAUCUUCGCCAUUAUUAUUGGGGUUGCACUAGCAAUUCCAGCACCGUCGACGCUUCUGGAUGAUGCUCCAGAUCGUCGAAUCGUCAAUGGAACGGAUGCGUCAAUUUUUGACUAUCCAUUCAUGGUGUCGCUUCGUGGCAGUACCGGAGGACAUUCUUGCGGUGGUAGUAUCCUGUCAGAUCUCUGGGUCAUGACGGCUGCCCACUGCGUAAGUGCGACAACGCCUUACUUACAGACAAUCCAGGUCGGACGUACCGUCAUCUCUCGUGAAGUAGACGACUCGGUGUACGGUAUUGCGCAGGUGAUCUCCCACCCAGGGUACGACUCUCGCACCAGUCAUAUCAACGACAUAGCACUGCUGAAACUGGAACGUCCACUCACGUUCAGCAAGAGUGUCUAUCCAGUACGUUUGCCGCAACCGAUGUCCGAGGUAGAAGACGAUCAAGAUGAUCUGGGGGUAACUCUGAUUGGGUGGGGCCUAACGGCAACGGGCGGAGCGGCACCAACAACUCUGCAGCGUGUAGACUACUACGUGGUACCGAACGAGGAGUGUGAUGCGAUCCACACGAGUACGAUCUAUCCGUCACACAUCUGUGCCGCCAUUCCCGGAGGUGGCAAGGGACAGUGCAGCGGUGAUUCGGGUGGUCCGCUACUGCAUCAUGGCGCACAGGUUGGCAUUGUUUCGUGGAGCAUUAAACCGUGCGCCGUUGCACCGUACCCUGGAGUGUUGACCAAAGUUUCACAUCACAUCGAUUUCAUUCAAGAACACACUGGUAUAUUGCACUGUAACUAA